AUGGUCGCUCGACUGCCACUUGAGGAGCGCAUCGCCGCGCGCCGUCAAGCACUGCUCUCCCAACCUUUCCCCGGCUUCGGACACGCGCUCAAACCCUACUACGGAUUCGACGAGGGCUACGUCCCGCUCAACAAUGGCUCGUUUGGCGCAUGCCCCAAUUAUGUCCUCGACAUCUGCAAGGAGCUGCUCGACGAAGCCGAGCGUCGACCUGACACUUUCCUGCGCCAUCAGUUCCAGCCGUUGCUUGUCAAGGCCCGUACUGAGGUGGCAGAGCUGGUGGGGUGCGAUGUCGAUGAUCUGGUGUUUGUCAACAAUGCUACUUUCGGAGUCAACGCUGUACUUCGCGGCUUGAAUGGAACGUGGCAGAAGGGGGAUGCCAUCUUGGAGUACAAUACCGUGUAUGGUGCUUGCGGCAAGACGGCACAGUACAUUGUCGAUUCCAACCCUACCUUCGACCUGCAACUGGUCAAGGUGCCGCUCACCUACCCGGUCACACACGAACAGGUGGUGGCUGAAACGAAGAAAGCCAUCUCGGACGCUGAAGCCAAGGGAAUCAAGAUCCGUAUUGGAAUUGUCGACGCCAUCUCUUCCGUUCCCGGUGUCAUCUUUCCCUGGGAAGACGUCGUCACUCUCCUGCGUCAACACGGCAUUCUCUCGCUCAUCGAUGGCGCUCACGCCGUUGGUCAGAUUCCCCUGUCUCUACGCAAAGCUGACCCGGACUUCUUCAUCUCCAAUUGCCACAAGUGGCUCUCGGCUCACCGCGGUGUAGCCUUCCUCUACACUCCGCAGCGCAACCAACACUUUGUUCACGCCAUCCCCACUUCGCAUCCGUACGUAUCGCCCAAUUUGCCCAAAGAACCCGCUCACAUCCCCACGUCGGCACCUAGCACCUUCAUCGCCCAAUGGGAGUGGACAGGUACGAUGGAUCUGUCCAACUAUCUCACGGUUCCGGCGGCUAUCGAGUUUCGCAAAUGGAUAGGCGGAGAGCACGCAAUCCUUCAGCAUAAUGCUGCGCUCGCGCGCAAAGCGGGCCAGAUUGUGUCGUCUCGUCUUGGCAAAGGUUCGAUCGUCAUGGAGGUGUCCGACGACGAUGCGGAAAAGUUGACAGCGAGCAUGGUCAACGUCUCCAUCCCCAUCACUCCCCCUUCCUCUCAAAAUGCGGGUUCGGCCCUCCCUCUCGACCGGUUGGCGUUCAAGCUUCAAAGCCGACUCUCAAGCGAACACGAUACUUUCGUCAUGUUUUACGCCCACGCCGACAAGAUCUGGAUCCGUCUCAGCGCUCAAGUCUGGCUUGAAGAGAGCGACUUUGAAUGGGUCGCCGAUAAGAUUGCACAGAUGCUGCUCGAGGAGGAGCUGCAGUCCAAGGCUUCUGUCGCUUGA